AUGAUAAAUAUAUCAAGUCAGGAGUCAAAUGAUAGACAAGCAUUAUAUGAUUAUAUGAGUUUAUUGGCCACACAAAAACCUCCACAAUCCUUCCGAGAAAUGAAUUUUGAAGAAAUCGAAGAGCAGGACGGGACUCGCUUCUCCUGGAAUGUUUUUCCAGCUUCUCGCUUGGAUGCUACAAGAACAGUGGUUCCAAUAUCAUGUCUUUAUACUCCACUCAAAGAAAGAGAGGACCUGCCACCAAUCUUUUAUGAACCUGUAACUUGUAAGGCUCCUUGUCGUGCAAUUUUGAACCCUUACUGUCAAAUUGAUGUUCGCGGGAAACUCUGGAUCUGCCCUUUUUGCCUUCAAAGGAAUGCUUUCCCUCCUCAUUAUAAAGAUAUCUCCAACACUAAUCUUCCUGCCGAAUUGCUACCUAAAUUUACUACAAUCGAAUACACUCUUGCUCGUGCUGCUCAAGUGCCUCCAAUUUUUUUGUUCGUGGUAGAUACUUGCUUAGAAGAUGAUGAUUUGAAAGCAUUGAAAGAUUCUCUAGUCGUUAGUUUGAGUUUACUUCCGUCCAGUGCAUUAGUUGGCUUGAUCACGUAUGGCACUAUGGCACAAGUUCAUGAACUUGGAAUUGGGAUACGUCAAUCAUUGCAAAGACCAGGUCCAUCAGGCGUUCCUCAAAGUGCUAGCCGGUUUCUUUUGCCGGUUGAGCAAUGUGAUUUCCAGUUAACAUCUAUUUUAGAGCAACUCCAACGUGACCCUUGGCCAGUUGCUAACGAUAAACGUUCGCAAAGAUGUACCGGCGUGGCAAUGAGUGUGGCAAUUGGUUUAAUGGAGACCACAUUUUCGGGUACGGGGGCACGUAUUAUGCUGUUCUGUGGCGGUGCUGCUACAGAAGGUCCUGGCAUGGUUUUUUAUGAUGCUUUGGCAAAACGUGCAUCAACAAACGGGCAUAUUGUUGACAUCUUUGCUGGAUGCCUCGAUCAGGUUGGAUUGCUUGAGAUGAAAUCAAUGGUGAAUUCUACCGGAGGUUUUAUGAUCCUAUCAGAUUCUUUCACAACAGCUAUCUUCAAGCAGAGUUUCCAAAGAGUCUUCAAUAAAGAUACUCAAGGCAACUUACAAAUGGGAUUCAAUGCAACUUUGGAUGUACAAACUACACGAGAAAUGCGAGUAUGUGGUUUAAUUGGUCAUGCUAUUUCUGCAAAUAAAAAGAGUGCAUCAGUCGCCGAGACAGAGAUCGGUAUUGCCAAUACAUCGGCGUGGAAGAUGUGCGGAAUAACUCCAAAGACAACAGCGGCGGUGUAUUUUGAAGUGGUUAAUCAACAUGGACAACCUCUUCAACCUGGUUCACGUGGGUUGAUUCAAUUUUUGACUCAUUACCAACAUUCCAGUGGACAAUUCCGUUUGCGUGUUACAACAGUUGCCAGGAACUUUGCUGAAGGAAAUAGUCCGCAAAUUGCUCAAUCCUUUGAUCAAGAAGCUGCUGCUGUUCUUAUGGCACGUAUUGCAGUAUUCAAGGCAGAAAUUGACGAUGGCCCGGACGUAUUAAGAUGGUUGGAUCGUAUGUUAAUUCGUCUGUGUCAGAAAUUUGCCGAUUAUAGAAAGGAUGAUCCUUCAUCGUUUCGUCUUGCAGAAAACUUUUCUAUAUAUCCACAAUUCAUGUUUCACCUUAGGAGAAGUCAAUUUUUGCAAGUUUUCAAUAAUAGUCCUGACGAAACGGCAUUUUAUCGCCACGUUUUGAAUCGAGAAGAUGUGAACAAUUCACUUAUUAUGAUUCAGCCCACACUUAUGUCUUAUGGUUUCGAUCAACCACCACAACCAGUACUCUUGGAUUCAAUUUCUAUAAAACCCGACGUCAUCUUACUACUUGAUACAUUUUUCCAUAUUCUUAUUUUCCAUGGGGAGACAAUUGCUCAAUGGAGGAAGGCGGGAUAUCAGGAUCAAGAAGGUUAUGAAAAUUUCAAAGAGUUAUUAGAAUUACCAAAGAAUGAUUCAGAGGAACUUUUGGCGGAUCGGUUCCCUAUUCCUCGUUACAUUGUUUGUGACCAACAUGGUUCUCAAGCACGUUUCUUACUUUCCAAAUUAAAUCCUUCCACUACACACGUUUCUGGAGGAAUGUAUGGAGCUCCGCAAGGACAAGCUAUCUUUACUGAUGACGUUAGCCUGCAGGUGUUUAUGGAACAUUUGAAGAAUAAAGAACACACAAUGGCUAUCGCUCCAAUUACUGGUAAAAUUCGCAAAGUACUUAUUACCGAUGUCGUCGUUUCAUUUGCACUUGGCAUUGGUGGUGGGUAUGCUUAUUGGUAUGGAAUUCAUGUUCCUACGAUUCAACAAAGAGAUGCUUUUUAUGCUAAACUUGCAAGGGAGAAACAACAAAAAUGA